UUAGCUUUUUAAAGGACCUCAUUUCCCAAGAAGCUUCGACUGUGCACUCUCCAGCAGAAGGCUCACGGGAGGAGUAGUUGUAAAGGACCCUCCUCCUCCUCCUCCUCAGUGUGGCCACAUUUCAAUCACAGACGGAUCAUAAAGCGCGCAGCACGCACCGAUCCGCCGCUCUGGUAAUUGUUCCCGUGACUCUCAACAGGUUUGGGCUGCUCUGUAAACAACAACAACAACAACAACAACAACGACAACGUGGACACACUAACGGAGACGCAGACAUGGGAAAAGAUGAAAGACCCAACUGGGACAACCCCAUGCAGUUCGUGCUGGCGUGCGUCUCGUACGCGGUGGGUCUGGGGAACGUGUGGAGGUUCCCGUACCUCUGUCAGAUGCACGGUGGAGGAGGAUUCCUGAUCCCGUACAUGAUCAUGCUGAUUCUGGAGGGGAUCCCUUUAUUCUACCUGGAGCUUGCCAUCGGUCAGAAGAUGAGUCUGGGCAGCAUCGGGGCGUGGAGUGCCAUCAGCCCAUAUUUAGGAGGAUUGGGUCUUGCUAGUGUUAUGACCUCUCUGUAUCUGUGUCUCUAUUACAACAUCAUCAACGCAUGGAGCUUCUGGUACCUCUUUCAUUCAUUUCAAUCCGUGUUGCCGUGGGCGGAGUGUCCACUCAAUGCUAACCUGACAGGACCUGUGGAGGAGUGUGAUCGGGCCACGCCCACUCAGUAUUUCUUCUACAGAGAAACUCUGGAUAUUUCUUCUUCUAUUGAGGAGAACGGAGGAAUUCAUAUGGGCCAGGCUCUCUGCUUCUUGCUGUGCUGGAUCAUUACGUACCUGUUCAUCGUCCGAGGAGUCAAGUCCACUGGAAGGGUGGUGUACUUCACAGCUACAUUUCCAUACUUGGUCCUCUUCAUCUAUCUGAUCAGAGGUGUCACUCUUCAUGGAGCCCUUAAUGGUGUCGCUUACAUGUUUACACCAAAGAUGGAGCAGCUCGCCAACCCGACCACAUGGAUCAACGCGGCCACUCAGAUCUUUUUCUCGCUGGGCCUGGGUUUCGGGUCCCUCAUAGCUUUCGCCAGCUACAACCAGUACAACAACAACUUUGAGCAGCAGGCCAUCAUCGUCUCCUUCAUCAACAGCGGGACCUCCAUCUUCGCCAGCAUCGUCACCUUCUCCAUCUACGGCUUCAAGGCCACCGUCAACUACGAGAACUGUCUGGAGAGCACUCGUGUUCUGCUGCUGAACACCUUCAGCCUGUCAGAGGACUCCAUCAACAUGGAAAACAUCUUCGAGUGGCUCGAGAGGCUGAACUCGACGUACCCGCAGCAGUUUGCUGAACUCGGUCUCCCAGAUGUCCCCUGUGACCUGAACAAGGAGCUGGACACGGCGGUAGAGGGGACCGGUCUGGCCUUCAUAGUUUACAGUGAGGCCAUUAAAAACAUGCCUCUGCCUCAGCUGUGGUCCGUGCUCUACUUCUCAAUGCUCCUGCUGCUGGGCAUGGGCAGCAUGUUGGGUAACGUCACCGCCAUCAUCACCCCGCUACGAGACUUCAAGGUCUUCUCCCGUAUUAGCAACGAGUUGUUCAAUGGUUUAGUGUGUCUGUUCUGUCUGCUGCUCGGCUUCGGCUUCACCACACCAUCAGGAAACUACUGGUUCACCAUGUUCAACGACUACGGAGCAACUUUCUCUCUGCUCUUCAUCGUCCUUGUUGAGGUCAUCACCGUCAGUUACAUCUAUGGAAUUAGAAGGUUUGAAAAGGACAUAGAGGACAUGCUGGGUCAUCGUCCUAACUGGUUCUGGAAGAUCAUGUGGGGCGGAGUAAGUCCUAUCCUCCUCAUCGCCCUCUUCAUCUUCUACAUCAUCAACUACAUCCAGGGAGGAACCCCCACCUAUCAAGCAUGGAACAAAGACAAGGGUCAGUCGGAGGUGAUGGAGUACCCAGUGUUUGGUCAGCUCUUCAUCGGACUGCUGCUGGCGUCAUCGGUAUGCUGUGUUCCCCUCACAGCUCUGUAUGUGUACUGCAGGAAGAGGAGAAAUGGGAGCCAUCAUAAGAGGCAGCGUACUAUCAGCACGGUAUCUCCUUAAUGACACAGAGCCACCUGUGAACAUCACCUGCCUUCAUAGACUCCUCCCCCUCCAACUGAGCUCAGAAACACAACAUUUUUUAUCAUGGAUCGUAUGGAGGACACGAAAUGAAUGGUCAUUUUGUCCUUUACGUUUUAUACUUCUUUUAAAAAAUAACUGAGUAUUUAAAGUGAAUGUAUUCUUAUAGCUAUAUCUUUUCCCUCAGUGUUAAAGUUAGACUUCUGAGCCAGGAACACUCUGGACACUGAUAUAGGUAAAGGCCAUCACAUUUGGAGUAGAGACUCUCCACUCUUUUCUAGUACUUUUUAAUAUUUCGGGGUCCUAUCUUACAUGUUUUGGUUUGUAAAUCACCAAAUGGUUCAAAACGUUUUGGAAUUUCUCCAGUAGAUUUCUUCAGCCUGCAGCAGUAAAACAGGCUGCAAUGGCUGCAACAUAAUCUGUGAUAAAUCAAAGCGCAUCCACUAAAAGGUCUUGUUUUUGUCACUGAAAACAUUACAGAAGGGAUCUCUACAGAGACAGACAUUUGGUAAAGAUGAACAUGGUUUUUACCAUUAUUAAAAUAAUAGUAAAGUAUUGUUUUUUAUUUAUUUAUCUGGCUCGACAGAGUAUUUGUGUAAUCUCAAAUAACACAAACAAACCGAUCAAGGUGGUAAAAUUACUGUUUUUAUCAUUUGGAGUCUGGUGUCUUUGAAGAGAAUGAUGUUACAGCUGAUUCUUGUUUUAAAAAAUCCUCUUACUCUGUUGGAAAAAGGUCUCUCUCUGUAGGGAUAAUUUCUGUAAAGUUGUUUGACACUUAAAAUAAGAAUCUGAGCCUGUCAGAGACAAAAACAACAACUUUAAUGGAAAAACUUUGAUCAAUUAGUGACUAUGUUGCAGCACAGUGACCUGUUUCACUGCUGCAGGCCGAAGAGAAAUCUACUGGAGAACUUGCAAAACUUGUUUGUUAAUAUAUGAGUAAAUUAAACCCUAAAAAAGAUUUAAAAAGUAGAGCUCGGGUUUACUAAUGUUGGAAUUUCCCUCUAACUCUAAAACAUAGUGUUGAUAUAGUUUAUUGAAUUA